UCUGGGUCCUGAAAAUCACGUGACCGCCUCCCCCACGGAAGUGGUGGCUGGUGGCGCGCGCAGGCUUAGUCCAGCUUGGGGGUUCGAUGCCCGCCGGGUGCCGCUUACCGCCCGCCCCCAUGUCCCAGGCCGGUCCGGGCGCGGUGGCCGCGCUGGAGCCCCCGGCGGUGGCGACGCUGAAGCGGGCGGUGGAGCUGGACUCGGCGUCCCGCUUCCAGGAGUCGCUGGUGUGUUACCAGGAGGGGAUUGACCUGCUGCUGCAGGUGCUGAAAGCUACAAAAGAUGAAACAAAAAAAGCUCAUUACAGACAAAAAAUACUUGAAUACAUGAAGAGAGCUGAAGCUAUUAAAAAACAUACUGAAAAAGAAAAAGAAGAUGGUAAAUACCACCAGCAAAUUAAAAUUGAAGAAAAUUCAACUGGUUUCAGCUAUGAGAAGGUUUUCCAAGACUACCUUAAUGAGACCGUUACAGAAGUUUGGGUAGAGGACCCAUACAUCAGACAUGUUCACCAGUUCUACAACUUCUUAAGAUUCUGUGAGAUGCUUGUUAAGGGGCCCUGCAGAGUGAAAACUAUCCACCUCCUAACUUCCUAUGAUGAAGGUAGUGGAAAGAGUCAACAGACAAGUAGCCUAGAAGAAAUAAAGCAAUCACUAAAGAACUAUGGAGUAACACUGAAUGUCUCAUUUUCAUCUUCAAUUCAUGAUCGAGAAAUAAGAUUCAACAAUGGAUGGAUGAUUAAGAUUGGAAGAGGGCUUGAUUAUUUUAAGAAACCACAGGGUCGUUUUUGCCUUGGAUACUGUGACUUUGAUUUGAGACCAUGUCAUGAAACAACAGUGGAUGUCUUUCAUACUAAACAUACAAAGAAAACAUGACCAAAUAUUUCUGUUAUUUAAUUACUGCUCUUACAACCUUUAAAUGCCUGCUUUUAAUGUCUCUCAAUUACAUGUAGUGUACAUUUUUUAUGGAAUAAACUAUAUUUUUUUAUAUUUUU